CUAACCCCCUACAGCUCCCCAUGUAUUCCUAGUUUCAAUGAAACCACUUAUAUCGCCAUGGAUAGCCUAUACGUGCACAUUUGUUUCAAUAUCGGGUGUUAUUUUCUUAUUUGCCCUUGCAGCCCUAUUUAGAUAUGAGUCGGAAGCACUUAUGAGUGAUCUUCCACAAGGCAUGAGUGGAGCACGUGUUAGUAAUACAUGUGUUUUAGCAGGCCUGAUAUAUAUUGUAUAUAGAAAUCAUUGUAAUAAAGUGAUCUGAUAUGUAUGAAGGGGAUAUUAAUAUUUAGUGGUACACAAGUGUGGAUGAAUCGACGUCAGACGUGAAAUUUGCAUUAAGUUUGUUGUAAGGAUUAGAUUAGAUAGUGUUUUA